CAAUAAAACUUAAAGAAGAACCCUGAGUGGGACCCGAGGUGUUGUUGAUCCUACCUGCAGUAACGCUCGCUGAGGGCUGUUGCAUCUUUACUACGCCGUGAACGGGAAGACUACUGCUACAACCCUACCAAGGAGUCAUUCGACGCACUGUGAAGUGCCCCGACCGUCGGACACCCUGCCCUCUUUACUUGGCAGUGUGCAGCUCCAUUGUGGAGUCCCAGCAAGUGGCGGGGGAGGCUGAGGCAGCCUGAAGUAGAGGGCACUGUGCUAGCAGGGCCAUGAGCACCACUGGGUACCAGCAGCAACAGGGGGGUGUUCGGACACGCCGAGGCCCAGUCAAGGAGAGGGAUCCUGGGCAGGGUGUUGGCAUGGAGGCGGCCUGCUGGCUGGCCCCUGGAGCCCUGCGUAGGCUGAUUGAGCUGCCCACUCCCCCGCUUGACCGCCAACAGCUGAAGAGACUGGAGGAACACAGGUACAGCAGUGCAGGUCACUCCCUGCUGGAGCCUCUGAUGCAGUGCUACUGGGAGUGGCUGGUGGGCCAUGUGCCCACCUGGAUUGCCCCCAACCUCAUCACCAUUGUGGGCCUGGCCACCAACGUAUUCACCACCCUGGUGCUGGUCUACUACUGCCCCACUGCCACUGAACAGGCACCGCUGUGGGCAUACCUGCUGUGUGCGGUGGGCCUGUUUGUGUACCAAUCACUGGAUGCCAUUGAUGGGAAACAGGCCAGACGAACUAAUAGCAGCUCUCCGCUGGGUGAACUGUUUGACCACGGCUGUGACUCCCUCUCCACAGUGUUUGUGGUCCUGGGCACCAGUAUAGCAGUGCAGCUGGGCACCAACCCUGACUGGAUGUUCUUCUGCUGUUUCGCUGGCAUGUUCAUGUUCUACUGUGCCCACUGGCAGACAUACGUCUCCGGCACCCUGCGCUUCGGCAUAUUUGAUAUUACAGAGUUACAGAUCUGUCUAGCGCUGUUACAGAUGCUGACAGCCACUGUAGGCCCCUUCCUGUGGAACGUGACGAUCCCAGUCAUAAACAUCCAGAUGAAAAUAGUUCCAGCCAUCUGCACUUUCUUAGGGGCUAUCUUUUCCUGUACUAAUUACUUCCGGGUUAUAUUUACCGGAGGUGUGGGCAAAAAUGGAUCCACAAUAGCAGGAACCAGUGUCCUAUCUCCUGUGUUACAUAUAGGCUCAGUAAUAAUACUGGCCAUGAUGAUCUAUAAGAAGUCCGCUAUCCAGCUCUUUGAGAAGCACCCCUGUGUUUAUAUCCUGGCCUUUGGCUUCGUGUCGGCCAAGAUCACCAACAAAUUAGUUGUAGCACAUAUGACAAAGAGUGAGAUGCAUCUACAUGAUAUAGCAUUCCUGGGGCCAGGCCUGCUGUUCCUGGACCAGUAUUUCAACAGUUUUAUUGAUGAAUACCUGGUGCUGUGGAUUGCACUGAUCCUGUCUUUCGUUGACUUGGUGCGUUACUGUGUCAGUGUUUGCAACCAGAUCGCCUCCCAUCUUCACAUCUUUGUCUUCAGAAUCAAGCCACUGACCCCCUCCACCCUUCAGUGAGGACAUGGAACCAUUACAUUCUCCCCCCCCCCCCACCUCUCUCCCUCUCUUUCUUCAUGUUAGAUUGCUAGUCGUCACUAUCUUUCUUUACCCUUUUUAAAUGUGUUGGGGUGGAUCUAUUACCGGUAGAGAUUCAGAGUGAAUGAGGGGAUAGAUGAAAUGAGGUGUUAAGUUAUUUUCCAUCACUGCUUUGUGCAAUUUGUGUUGAUUUCAUCUUGUUACAGUAGUCAGAUUCCUAGACAAAAAUAAGGUGAAUGCACCAAUUUGUAAGUCGCUCUGGAUAAGAGCGUCUGCUAAAUGACUUAAAUGUAAAUGUAAUGAUUAGUCCCUUUUUUCUGCAGUGAAUGGUCACAUAGGAAAUGUACUGAGUGGUCUCCUCUGUGCCAGAGAGGGUAAAUUAGUGCAAGACUGCAAUGGGUUUGAAUAGGUGCUACCUUAUUCAUUUAAUAAUUGUGUUAUUGUACUUUAAAACAAACAUUGUGUUGAUGGUAUGUUUGUUCUCUACAAGAAAAUGUAGAGCAUAGGAAGUGAUUUACACAGGAUGUCUGUCUGCUUUCAGUUUUGUUUCAGAGGAGUGUUGUCUUUAUUAUAUAUAGAGGGAUGGGAUUGUUUUGUAAUAUUUGCAUAACCUCACUUUUCAGUUUCAUAAAUAUAUAACUAUUAGUGUUGAUAGUUGUGCUGUUUUCUAUUAUUUCAAAAUGUCUCACCUGGCAUAUCUAUCAAUCUUGCGUAGGUGGUAUUAUUAACUCUGCAAUAAUUGAUUGCAUUUAAAUUAUGAUUUCUGUAAAACAUUACAUAUGUAAACAUGUUAUUUUAGGGCGCCCCUGAUCAAUGGCUUACAACAAAUUAUUGUAAACGAUUCAAAUAGUAUUGCACCUUUUGAAAAGAUGGGUGUCUCGAGCCUCGUUUUAACUAGGCAAGUCAGUUAAGAACAAAUUUUUAUUUACAAUGUCAGCCUAGGAACAGUGGGUUAACUGCCUUGUUCAGGGGCAGAACGACAGAUUUUUACCUUGUUAGCUGGGGGAUCUAGCAACCUUUCGGUUACUGGCCCAACGCUCUAACUAGGCUACCUGCUGCCCCAACACAAUGUAUUGAAAGUUGAAUUUGACUGAUAAUGUAGGGCUAUCCAGAGCUUGUUUAUAUCUACAAUCUAAGGACAUGUUUUCUAAGUUUACUUUAAAAAAUAUAUUUUAAAAUUACCUUCUAACAAAAAAACUUGACACAACUUUCUUUAUGUAGCACGUUCUGCACUGUGCCAGGUCCACAUACAGCAAUUAAGUGUUUUGGGAGAUUUGGAGAGCUUUCAUGUGAAACAAAAAGGAUAUUCUGACUGUGCCCUAAUCAUAUUUGUAUCUACAUACCAGCAGUCUGCUUAUUCAGUCAUCAGAAUAAUAGAAAUGGACUUAUUUCUCUGUAAUGUUGUUGGUAUGUAAGUUACUGAGCUCAUACAACAAUGUGUGCGUAUAGUUGCUGAUGUCAGAUCAGUGCUCUCAUUGUACUAGUCAUUCUCAGAUAAGUAAAAGGAUGCCUUAAACAGUUGGAUUUUCUGUUGUAUGAUAGUCAAGCCUCUUAACAUGCCCCUAAUUUGUUUCCUUUGUGUGUUUACGGUGUUUUCGCUCGUUACCGUUUUAUUUUGGCCAGACUGUCAAACUCAGGUAUAUUAGUUUUCAGACAAGUAUGUUCAUAGGUUGUAACAAAAGAACAAGAUCACUCUACAAUCUCUCCCUCACUAAUGCAAAUAAAAUGUAAUAUUCACACAUGUAA